AUGGUCUAUGAAUUCGCCGGCGUGAACCGUCGAGCCGACGGAACCUACUACUAUGAGGACGACUGUAUUCCUCGCGUCGAGAUUCCGAUGGCCGAACAAUCGGAGGGGUCGUACCGCAUGGACAAAAAAACCAUCGACGAGUGGUUUGGCUUCACCAAGAACAUGCCCAAGCUGCCCAAGUACAUGAUCUUUAACGACCUCCGCAAUGGAACGCCCCACCACGAGUUAAGAGGCACAACCCAGACUACCUGGCAGUAUGUCUCGGGGGGGUUUGGUGUCUACGAGCCCAUCGAAUGGGUUCCCACCGUUGACCUGAUUCGAUCCAUCCCGAAGAGUGCGCUAUCCGGGACAUUCAAGAAGGAAACAGUCAAGAGGGAGAAAACCAGACUCUACGGCAAAAUUGGUGCGCUCUUUACCGCCUCUGGCGGCGCCACGUAUGCGGGAAUGAAGGUCGAAGCCCGUGUGGAGGUCACGGGGGAGGCCGAGUCCGAACUAGAUUCGAAGACAACAGAGACCCUUGUUCGAGAGGGCCGCGUAGGAGACCGACCAGUGCUGGAGAUCAUGCUGGGAAUUAACAUCCGCGUCCGGCAGGUGUUCUACUGGCGAUUUAACGAUGAGUAUGACCUGUGGUACCGGUACUGGAUCCGCCCGACCUGGGGGCCGAAGCUAGAGUUCGACUACGAGACGAGUUGGCAUAGCGGGCCCGGCUGGGAAGCCAUUCAUGUUCCCGACAGCCAGCUGCGGAGGGUCGACAAACUGAUUUAUCAUCACGGGAUCUACUAUCAGCUGUUGCCCGUGCUGAAAAACGGCCAGAUUGAGGGUCUGCACGUCGCCAUCUCCCAACCCGGCUGGCAAGACUGGUAUGUGUUCACCAACGGCACCGGUAUCCCUGAGGUUCUGGGUGCAGAGACCAAGGCUUGGGAGUCCAUCAAUCCAGUGGCAACUUUGAUAGCCGAAGGGGCCGAGGGCCCGAUUCCUCCGCCAACGAAUACUGAGCCUCCUACCGCACCCAGCAGUUGA